CUCUUUACAAAAGCACGUAUAAUUUUAAAAUCUCGACCAAAACAACCCUGAGAAAGUGAAAUCACACCUGCCUAAAUCUAGGCAAUCUCCUGAUAAUCAGUGAUGUGUUAUAUGUGUUAUUUGUGAUCGUCAGUCAUGUUUCAUCGAAAGUUUUUGAGUAAAACUGUUUCUAACCUCACUUUUGCCGUCCGGUCUCCCUCGUGUUUAAGUCGCACUUUUUCCGAAAAAUCGACAGAAAAUGAUAAAAUUCCGGAAGAUUCGAGGGAAACAGUAGUGUCAAAACUCCUCGAAGAGUCUGCCACAUUCAGUGAAGCGAAAGACACCAAUUGGGCAACAAAUCCUUAUCCGGAGACAGCACCGGUGAAUCAGCAAAAACAGCCGGAAAAAGAGAAGGUUCUCCCGUCUGACAAUUCAAUCCUUUUAUUCCCCGGACAAGGAGUUCUUAAAGUCGGAAUGGUUCGUGAUUAUUUGCGUUUUCCAAGAGCGAAAGAAUUAUUCUCGAUAGCGAGUGAAAUUCUUGAGUACGAUCUGUUGAAAUUGUGCUUGCAUGGACCUCAGAAGCAGUUGGAUAAAACAGAAUUUAAUCAACCGGCAACUGUUGUUGCUUCUCUAGCUGCCUUGGAAAAAUUAAUUGAGGAAAGACCCCGAGUUUUGCAGACUUGUAGAGCCGCUGGAGGAUACAGUCUUGGCGAAUUGACGGCCUUGAUUUUCUCUGGAGCAAUUGAUUUCGAGUCGGGUAUUAAGCUAGUGAACGUUAGAGGGAAAGCUAUGGAAGCAGCUUCUGAAAAAUCGAAACAAGGAAUGUUGUUUGUUUAUACGAGGCCAGAUGCUAAAAUUCAUCAAGUUUGCAAGGAUGCCGAAGCCUGGGCGAGAGAUUUAGGAGUCGAGGAGCCAGUUUGUAGGAUCGCGAUUUACUUGUACACCCAGGCAAAAAUAUUAGCCGGAAACGAUGAAGCACUGCGUUACGUCGAGGAAAACAGCUCGAAACUAGGUCUGCGAAAAGUGACGAGGCUUCCAGUUUCAGGAGCAUUUCACACUUGCCUGAUGGAACCAGCAGUCGAACCCUUCAAAAAUGCUUUGAACGGCACAGUGAUCGAAGAACCGAGAAUAAGUGUACUUUCAAAUCAUUCGGUGAAACGAUACCGCAACCAAAAAGAUAUAAGGAAAGGCUUGCUAAAACAAUUAGUGACUUCAGUCAAAUGGGAACAAACUCUUCAAAUGUUAUACACCAGACCUGCUGGAACUCCAUUUCCAAGAACAUUUGAUCUCGGAUCAGGUGGACAAUUAAGGACUAUUUUAAAGAACGUUAACAGUAAAGCCUACGAUUGGUGUUACUCCAUUUAAUUCUAGUGAGUUAACUUUUUUUUUAACUUUUCAGUUUGUGUAGAACUUUGAAAAGAUUAGGUAAUAGUUUUUAGUCAUGAAAAUACGACACAGCAGAAUUUUGUAAAUAUUGAUUACAGUCUUCGAAUACCUUGUAAAAUUGAGAAAUAUAUUUGUAGAAAAG